AUAACACUCAGCUAGAACACAGUUACAUUUGCUGAUCCGCGGCCAACAACGAUAGUUUUGAAGUUAAAGCACUCUCUUAGUCACUGGCCUCGUUCGUGUUCGCACUUAAACAAAUUUCAGUAUGUCCGGUGUAAUCCUCAAAGGCUCCCCCAAUACGGGCAGCAAUAAAAACGUAUUGGAUCGUUAUAUGGCAUUGCCGUUGCAUGAGGAUGUUGUCCAGGCUACAUAUGUAUGGAUCGAUGGCACAGGAGUGGAUCUGCGCAGCAAGGAUCGCACCCUAGACUUCAUGCCAACGAGUCCAAAUGAUCUACCCGUUUGGGAUUAUCCUGGUUGUUUUGAAAACGAGAAGCCGGAUAUAGAUACCUAUCUUUAUCCAGUGGCUAUUUAUAAGGAUCCCUUACGCCGUGGCAACAACAUUCUGGUCCUGUGCCAAACAUGCAAAAUCGAUGGUGCUCCUGCCAAAACAAAUCACCGUAAGAGUUGCCUGGAGGUGUGUAAGAAGUGUGAGGAUUUCGUACCAUGGUUCGGCAUUGAGCAGGAAUACACGUUCCUGGAUUUCGAUGGCCAUCCAUUGGGUUGGCCCAAGAACGGUUAUCCUGGACCACAGGGAUCCUACCACUGCGGUGUUGGUGCCAAUAAGGUCUUUGGUCGCGAUAUUGCAGAUGCUCAUUACCGUGCCUGCUUGUAUGCCGGCAUCAAGGUGUUCGGCACUAAUGCCGAAGCCAUGCCAGCCCAAUGGGAAUUUCAAGUCGGAACAAGUUCCGGUAUUACCAUUGCCGACGAUCUAUGGAUGGCUCGGUUCCUACUCCAUCGCAUAGCGGAAGAAUGCGGCGUUAUAGUUACUCUGGAUCCUAAACCAAUGCCUGGUGACUGGAGUGCCGCUGGAGCCCACACCAAUGUCUCUACAAAGGCCAUGCGUGAGGAUGGCGGAAUUUUUGAUAUUCAUAAAGCCAUAACCAAGCUCUCCAAAUGUCACGAGCGUCACAUUCGUGCCUAUGAUCCCAAACAAGGUCUGGACAAUGCGCGUCGCUUAACUGGUAAACAUUGCACGAGCUCUUUUACCGAAUUUAGCUCCGGUGUGGCUAGUAGGAACAGUAGCAUACGCAUUCCACGUAGCGUAAAUAACAACGGGAAGGGUUAUUUCGAGGACCGUCGGCCUAGCUCAAAUUGCGAUCCAUAUUCCGUGGUGGAGGCCAUUUUGCGGACGAUUUGCUUGGACGAGUAGAAUGAUUCUUCCCCCCGGAUCUAGCUAAACUGUGAGAGAGACGAGGCUUGACAUCCAACAAAAUAAUUGUAGUACAUUUACCUUCUCUCAAUAUCCUUACCAUCAUUUCUUUUACAUUUAGGCUUUCUUCCGACUCUAAAUGUUUUUAUCGGAAUCUAGUUUGAGACUUGUUCUCACUUUCGAUUCCAAAACCAAUUUUUUAAUUUAUACGUGUAUGUUACACCUCCUAAAUAUUUUUCUUAAAUGCUUCAUAUGUUGAGAGCAAUAUUAGCCUUAAGUGAAUAAAUGAAUUGAACUUAA